AUGUCAAGCCUUCUGGAGGAGAACCUGGAGAACAUCUUUUUAAGGUUACAAGUGAAGCAGCCAUUAAGACGCAGGUGUGUAUGCAAGCUUUGGUGUACACUAAUCCAUACUGCAAAUUUCAUUUCUAAACAUCUCAAUCUUAGUAUCAAAGAAUACAACAGUACACUAUUGUUGAAGUGUUACCGGCCUGGUUAUAAAGAUAAUGGAGUAGAGAUAUCGGGAUCUUGUAAUGGAUUGCUUUGCGUACGCACUAGCUUCCCUGGUGGUGAGGAUGAGGAUGCAAUUAGUCUUUGGAACCCAUCUUCUAAUGAGUACAAGGAAUUACCUUCAUCACCAAAUGAAUUUUCAAGUGAGGACACCGGUUUAUAUGGGUUUGCCUAUGACUCUCAGGAUGAUGAUUACAAGGUUGUAAGAGUCGUGGACUAUUACUAUAAUAAUUAUUAUGAUACUGGAAUGACGUCGAGGUGUAUACGAGCUAAAAUUAGUGACCCCAACUUUGUCGGAAUAGCUUUCGAUAUCGGUACUGAGACAUUCAAGGACUUGGAAGUAGAAUGGCUACAUCUACCAGAGAGUGAUGAGGAUAUCUAUAAUUACAGCUUGGGAGUCUUAAGGAGGUUUAUCGUAUCAGCACAUGGGUUUGGAUAUGAUUCUGAGACUGAUGACUACAAGUUUGUCGAUCUUGGGUGUAUAAGCGGUGAAUCCGAUAAGUCUGAAAUGCAUAUAUAUUCUUUAAGAUCAGAUUCAUGGAAACCAGCGAAAUACAUCCCUUACGUGUGUAAAGAAGAUGUACUAGUACCAGGGCUGUACUUUAAUGGAUCUCUUCAUUGCACACCUGUGGAUGGAUUUGAAAUUAAAUAUCAUUCGGGGGUCCGCGGUGAUGUUGAGGUUUUGGUUUUGUAUGACCCAAAGGAUGAAAGAGCAAGGGUUUUGAAGCUCGAUAAGGAUAUGAAUCCAGUACAUUCACAGUUGGAGACUUACGUGCAGAGCUUAGUUUCACUUAAACCCGGUGCGCACAGAAAGCAGGAAAAUAAGGAUACAAGUAAAGCAAUGAAGGUAUAA